CUACAAACGCUUAUAUGUCUGUUUAUUUGCUGGUUCCUGUUGUGUUGAGACAGACAUAAAGCAGUCCCUGUUAUUCUGGCCAAGAAGACACAAUGAGCAAACUCACUUUACUUGCAGGUCUGUUCAUGACCCUGUGUCACUUGGGUUCCACCUCCAUAUUGGCCUGCUACUUUACCAACUGGUCCCAGUACAGAUCUGGAAUUGGGAUGUUCCUGCCAGAGAAUGUUGAUCCUCAACUCUGUACCCAUCUGAUCUAUGCCUUCUCCGUUAUCAACUCUGCCAAUCAACUUGACACAUUAGAGUGGAAUGAUCAGACCCUCUACAGAUCCAUCAAUGGACUUAAAAACAGAAAUCCUAAGCUCAAAACAUUGUUGUCUGUUGGUGGAUGGACAUUUGGCACAGCACAGUUCAGCAUCAUGGUUUCAACACCUACCAAUCGACAAACAUUCAUCCAGUCCUCAAUCAGUUUUCUGCGGCAGCAUGGAUUUGACGGGUUGGAUCUGGACUGGGAGUACCCUGGAUCACACGGCAGUCCUCCAGAGGACAAGCAGAGAUUCACAGUGUUGUGCCAGGAGCUCCAUGAGGCCUUUGUUGCUGAGGGCAACUCCACCAGCCGCCCCAGACUACUACUAACAGCUGAUGUAGCUGCUGGGAAAGGGACUAUUGAUACUGGCUAUGAGAUUGCAGCAGUUGCUGAAUACCUGGAUUUCAUUAACGUGAUGACCUAUGACUUCCAUGGAUCCUGGGAGACCUUUACAGGACACAACAGCCCUCCAUACAGGGGAUCUCAAGACACAGGACAAGACAUCUACUUCAACACACACUUUGCCAUGACAUACUGGCGGGACCAGGGAGCCCCUGCUGAGAAGCUGAUAAUGAGCUUUCCCACAUACGGUCGUACGUUCCAGCUCUCCUCUGGAAAUACUGGUGUUGGAGCACCAGCCAAUGCUCCUGGUGUGCCUGGACUUUUCACAGAGGUGGCUGGUUUCCUCUCUUAUUAUGAGAUCUGUCCCUUCCUCCAAGGAGCAACUGUCCAGUGGAUUCAGGAUCAAAUGGUUCCCUACGCCUUUAAAGGAAAUCAGUGGGUGGGAUUUGACAAUAUAGACAGCUAUUACACAAAGGUCAGUUACCUAAAGGCUAAUGGCUUUGGGGGGGCCAUGGUCUGGUCCCUGGACCUGGAUGACUUUUCUGGACAAUCCUGUGGACAGGGCAACUAUCCUCUGAUCAGCUAUCUAAAAAAUCUCCUCAACAACGGUUUACUUCCUCCGCCACCAAGAAGCCCCCUAGCACCUAUCACAACUAAUGCUACAACCCGCUCCCCGACCACGGUCAUCCCAACCACUACUCCGUUGGUGGGAAGUGGUUUCUGUACAGGCAAGGCCGAUGGGCUCUACGUUGAUGCAGACGACCUUAAGUCUUUCUAUAACUGUGCCAAUGGCCUCACCUGGAUCCUGAGCUGCCCCCCUCGCUUAAUCUUUGACCCCAACUGCAGGUGCUGCAACUGGCCCUAGUACGGCCUAAAGUCACAGCUCUUAACAAUCUAUCAGGCACUGAGGGAACAUUUUAAAAUGUCUGAAAUAUAUACAAAAAAUAUAUAUAAAUAUAUUCAGGAUAUCUCCCAAACUUGUGUUUCAUAUUAGUUAUUUUGGCAUAUGGCUUUACUGAGUAUUUUUUUUCUCAUUCCCCAAUGUAUCUUUUAUUUCGGAUUCAUUCACUUGAAAGUGCUUUACCACUUUAUUCCCAAUGUGUGCUGUGUUUGGGGUCCCUCUCUAUUUACUGUGUGAAUUCAUUAAAUUUCAAAUAAGAA